CCAGCCCUCUUUCUUUAGCGGAAGCGCUGGGAUAUAGAGGACUCUGAGGUUACGGUAGUGGCCAGAGAGGUUUCAGCUAUCAUCAUGUUUGGUCAGAGUGUUCGCCGUUUCACUACCUCUGUAAUUCGUAGGUCCCACUAUGAGGAAGGCCCAGGCAAGAAUCUACCUUUCUCUGUGGAAAACAAAUGGCGAUUGCUAGGGAUGAUGACCCUUUUCUUUGGCAGUGGAUUUGCAUUUCCCUUCAUCAUAGUCAGACAUCAACUGCUAAAGAAAUGAACACGCUGUACUAUUAAAGGUACCGGGGACCUAAUGUUUGAUGGAGUAUGUAUAAAUUUCCCGCUAUACCAGACGACAUUUGUAAAUAAAGAAGUUGUGAUCUA